GACAGCGGCUACUAUGUUAUUCCUGGCCUAAACCACACCGCCUACGUCAAACACGGGGACAUCAACAUCGGGACAUUUUUGGGCGUUUACACGUCUUCCGCCGGGACCGGGUUCAAGUGUGACAACUUCGCGGUCACCGAGUUCAACCUUCAGAAGAUGGAGGCCUUCUCGUACGCCGUCGAGAGGAUCAACAACGACUCGGAUCUGCUGACCAACGUGUCCAUGGGGUUCGUGGUUCUCGAUGAAUGCGGACACGCCAACCCGGUCCUAGCCCAGUCCCUGUCCUUCUUACCGCGGACAUCAGCCGUGGGGACGCGUGAUCAAAACAAUCCACCAACGUCCCCGCCACGGGCUGACUCGCUCGACCACUACGACGUCAUCGGGGUGGUGAGUCCGAGUAGAAGCGACUGGACAUCGCCCAUAUCGCAGCUGUACUCGACCGUGCAGCUUCCCAUCAUGGGCUACAAAACCGGAAGUGACGAGCUGUCGGACAAAAACAAACACCGGUAUUUCAUGAGAGUCGUCCCCCCUGACAAAUACCAGGUGUCCGCCAUGUUGAGGUUCAUCUACCAGAUGAAGUGGUCGUACAUCUCCGUCCUGUACCACGCGGGGACCUACGGGGAGCCACCUUUUGAGAACAUCAAGCGCAGGGCGCCGAGUUUCAACAUCUGCAUCGCUGCGUCGCACAAGGUUGACGAGCUGUCGGACAUGGAGCCCAUCCUGAAAGACCUCCUGGACGUGCCUCGGGCACGCGUGGUCAUCCUGUUCACCAACCCCGCCGUGGUCUUGAACCUGUUUGAAACGGUGCGACGGCUCAACGCGUCCGGCCAAUUCAUCUGGAUAGGAAGCAACGCGUGGGCGGGCUCGGUGACCGUGAACCUGAGGGACUACGCACAGGAGAUGGCCGGCGGGUUCGUGUUCCAGCAAGUCUACGCCCGCGUUCCGGAUUUUGAAAAAUUCUACCGCCUUCAAAAUCCUACGACCUCGUCGAAUCCUUGGCUGGCACAGGCGUGGGAGAAUUUAACGAGCUGUUCCCCGCACAAUGUUUCGUGUAGCGAGCUUCACGCCGUCGGUCGUGACAUCGUCUUCACUGACGACGUCUCCCAUCUCAUCAACGCCAUCCUAGCCUUCGCCCACGCAGCUGAUCGUCUGCUCAAAGAACUGUGCCCGAAUGUCACGGGCAAGGCGGCGCGGACCUGCAUCACGGGCGAAUCCUUGUUGCAGUAUCUACUCGUGACGUCGUUCUCAAGCUACACUGGUCUGAUCAAUUUCGACGAUAAGGGUGACAUGACUGGCAAGUACUGGAUCAAACAGAUCGUGCCCGAUGACUCUGGGGGCUUAGUGGAUAACUUGAUCGCGACUUACGACAUUAAAGCCUACCGUGUUGAAUAUGUGCCGGAUUUUAAGAUUGCCUGGGCAUAUUUUGACACAGUCGAGAGGGUCGUCCCCUUGCAGGAAGGUCAGCUCGCGGAUAUCCCCGAGUCCGUCUGCAGUCGGCCCUGCGUCUUGGGCGAGUUCAAAAUUCCGAAGAAGCUCGAAUGCUGCUGGGAUUGCCGGACCUGCCGGCCCUACGAGCGAAUUCUCCACGAGAAGGCGUCGUGCGAGCCCUGCCCGUCUUUCUACUGGCCCACGCCGGAGUCGAACUUCACCAAGUGCCAGGCCAUCCCGCUGUCCCACCCAUCCAUCAACGGCUCCGUGUCCAUCCUCUUUAUCACCCUCGGGAUCCUCGCCAUCAUCGCCGCAGCGCUCGUUUUGGCCGCGUACAUCUACCUCUGGGAGGUCCGCGUCAUCAAGGCGUCCAGCCGUGAGCUCAGCAUCCUCCAGCUUGUGGCCAUCCUAGUCGGCUAUCUGACCAUCAUCUGCUUCCAGACCACGCCCACCCCCGUGCUCUGCAGCGCCAUCUAUUAUUUGUUCUGCCUGAGCUUCGUCUGGCUGUACUCCCCGCUCCUGGUUAAAGCCGUUAGGAUUUUCAGAAUCUUCCAGAGCGGGGCCAAAUAUGAUCGUCGCCCCAAGUUUGUCAGUUCAAAGUGGCAGAUCGUCAUGGCGAUCAUCUUGAUCGCUGUCCAGGUA